AUGUCGUUGGACAAUAUUUCUGAUGAUUCACAAUCACAAGUAAUUUCAAAUGAGAAGGAUGAAGCUGUUCAAUCAGAAUCAUCACACAAUAUUGAUAGUGAACUGUCUGAACCUGGUGUAAAAAAUGAACCGGAGAAAACCGAUGUUAUUAAAGCUGAUCCAAACUGUCUUUCUUGGUAUUACCCUCCAUAUUGUGAAUUGUGUAAUGUACGAUUUACUGGCCAAAGUAAUUCUCAAAUACAUUUUGAUAGUUUUCAAAAACAUCGAAAUCGUUUACAAGUAUAUACAAAAUAUAUGAAACAAGAAGAGGAAGCGUUAACAGCAUCUGUCAAUGCAAAAGAGGAACAACAAAAUAUUGAAAAUCAAGCUGCUGCAGCACCUGUUCGACCAUUUAUUGUUUGUAACAUUUGUUGGAAAGAGCUCAACUCGAUAAAAAUGUUAGAUAUCCAUAAGGAAUCUCCAGCUCAUAAAACCGAGGAAAAAAAUCGCAAAAUUGUACAAAAGUUGAAAGAAGAAUAUACUAUAUUGAAACAAAAUGAGUCAAAAGAAAUAGAGUCAAAUAACGGUGAUAUAUAA